GUCAAAUCAAGUAUUACCACCAUCAUCAACAUAUAUAAUAAGAGAUAGCAUAGUUAUUUAUGGAAUAACGAAUAAAUUAAUUUUAGUAAAAUACUUUUGUAAUCCUCCUGAUGUUAAUUUAACUUGUGGUUUAAUCCUUGAUUGGAAUGGUAAUGAUUUAGGAUCAAUAAAGUUUAAUAAUCAAAGUUGUACAGAUAGUAAUAUUGUUGCAAAUAUUGAUUCACAAUAUGGUGGAUUUUUAUGGGUAUGUUUUAUUGAAGAAAAUAAACAACUUUUAUGGACAAAAUACGAUUCCUUUGACGUAGUAAGUGGAAGUUCACCGAUAUUAGCAUCAGGUGCAUUACCAAAUAUUAAUGAAUUUAGUCCAAAUUUUACACAAAUAUUUCCAACUGAAGAUGGUGGAUAUGGAGUAGUAAUGGCUAAAUUUAAUCCUACAUCAACAACAACCGACAUCCCACCUCCAUGGACAAUCGAUGUCACCUUCAUCCCACCGUCCACAUAUGGGAAUGAAACCGGUCCGUUUCUAAUUUAUUCUCAAAAUGUAGAGGCAAUUAAAAGAUUAAAUAUUUAUAGAUGUUCAAUAACCUAUUAUAAGUUAGGCUACAGUUGCAUAAUUUAUGUUGAGAGAAUAAGCGGAAAUGUUUAUAUUGAUAUUCUUUUCGUAUCAUCCGGAAAAUUGGAACAAAAAGAGUUUAGUACAAAUCUAACAAAUGGAUUGAUAGUUUGGGAUAUCAAAGCGUUAUAUUAUGGAGGGUAUAUAAUAUUGACUGAACUGAAUGAAAUGGAUCAUAUUGUAAUUAAUGGAUUGAUUUUUAGUAAUGAUGGAACACCCUAUGAUGUUUGGAACUUUACCAAUAAUUAUCCAAGUUUAGAUUAUACAAGAGUAAUUGGUGUGCUGCCAAAUAAUACUUUAUGGGGUGUGGUCAAUGAAACCACAGUUAAUAAUGAUAAUAAUAGUUGGACAUUAACUUCAACUUUUGUAAAUUAUAGUACAAUUUUAGGUGGUGGUAGUAACUCAGGCAUACCUGAAACUAGCGAUUAUGGACCUUCUUUUAUAUCUUCAACUUUUCCUACAAUAAAUUCAACCAUACCUUUAUCUUCGCUACCAUCAUCAACAUUGAAUAUAACUUAUACUAUUCCGGUAAAUAUACUGCGUCAAACAAUAUCACCCAUCACAUCACCUGAUUAUUUCACUCUAUCAAAUAAUAAUCAAACUAUAAGUUUCAAUUUUAUUGCUAGCACGUUCAACAUACCAGAUCAACAAUAUUAUAUUACUGUUGAUAAUACUUUUGUUAAAGAUCGUCAAUACAAUCAAAAUGUGCUAG